AUGGAAGUGAAUGGUGAACCAGAUAUAGCUGGUAUUUUCAGCGCGGCUUUAAUGCCAUUGAAAGAUAUGAAAGAUGCAGAUAUUUUGGACCAGUAUGAAAUGAACAUGGCUGAUGGAAAUAUAACACCUGACGUUCUAAAACAUUUAUCUCAAAGAACUACACAGAACCAUAGAGAUGGUAUAUUUGGUGAAGAGUUUAGAAAGAGAGUUAGGGAGAGAGAAGGAAGAGAACCUAUUGUACAUGACCUUGCAAACGAAAGUUUGCAAAAUGUCAUAAAAACUUACUUUGCAGACAAUGAACCGAGAAUGGAUGAAUAUUUAAGAAAACUCAAAUGGACAGUACCAAAUGAAAUGUUAGUAUUGAAAAACAUGUUCCUUGACAAAAUAAAACCAACUACAGAAAUAAAUGACGCAAGACUGGAACAUUGGGUAAAAGCUUUCCCAUUCACAAAAGAUAUUAUUGGUAACAUGGAAAGAAAACCAGAAUGGCUACAAAAACAUAUAUUUGGAAACGAGCAUAUUCCAUAUGGACAAGCUCUGUUUGAAGAGCUUGAACCGGAAACUCAGGAAAGAGUCAUGCAAACAAUAAGCGAAGACUCAAAUACAAACUAUGACAAAAUCUUUCUAGGAUAUAGGUUACCUGAGAUGGGCGACCAGAGCCCAAAGGCAAAAAGGACAUGGGAAAUUUACAACAUACUAGGUGAACAUGAGGCAAAGAUGCAACAAAACUCAGUCAGGAAGAAAGUAAAGCUUGGUACGAAUGGGUUCUAUUAUGACACAUAA